UUUUUUCGUUUUUAGCAGCAAUUUAUUAUUUCCCAAACCCCCCUCACUCCGCUAAUUCUGCUCCGUCACUCGCGCUGUUUUUCACGAUGAGCCGAUUCCCCAUCCUGCCGGCGUCGGUGCUGGCGGUCGUGGUUGUAGGCUUGCUCACCAGCUUUGCGACAGCAGCCAUCGAUCCGGCCCCAGACAACCUGACUGGCCCGUGCUAUGCCUUAAUGGGCAAUUGGAUCAACGGGUCCGCACCAAUCAACCCGUUCAAGCCCACCACUUGCACAGGAGGCUUUUACACCCAGGGCAGCGCCAAAUACAACUUUCGCUGGUACUGCCAAGCGACGGCCAACCCAAACGUCUUUUUGGUGGAUUUGGUGUACACCCCGGCCCCGACUGGAGGCAGUGCCAACAGCACCGUCACGAACAAGCGCUCGUACGGCACGGCUACCAUCACCAACAAUGGCGACCCGCUUGGGACUGACAUUCUCACGCUUGUCUUUGCCUAUGCCGGGUACAGCGGCCGCCCCGAUGAAACCACUGCCGCCGUUCCUGGCUUCUUUACCGUGGUCAGCUGGACUCGAUAUGCUCGCCUGCAGCCACGCGAAAUCGAUGUGAUAACCCAAGUCUGUUCUGGCAGCCAGGUGGUGACGUUCCAGCCUGGCCUGUACUCGCUCGGCUGGGAUAUCAUCACUGCCAACGCUGCCAGCACGACCAUGGUGUUCCAGGCUGCUCCGUCGUCGACUGGUCCCGAGGACACCAUGUUUGAAAUCAACCAAGGCCUUACCACGAGCUUGGUGACCCUGAACACCAACUACAACUACACGUUUAAUGGCAUUGGCUUCCGCAACGCCGGUCUUGGUCUGUUCAUGACGGCUGCGAACGCCAUUCUCACGCUGAACAACAUUCUCGUUGUGAACAGCACUGCCACCGCCACAGUCAUGCCCAAGAGCGGUGUGUCGGGAGUGAGCUGUCAGGUCUACAUUCGAAACAGCAGGUUUAUCAACAACCAAGUCAAUACGGAUUUUGGAGUCGUGUAUGUCAAGAACACGCAGUACUUGGAAAUUACCGACUCUGUCUUCAUCAAUAACGCAGCUGGGCGCUCUGGUGGCUGCGUUGCGCUUGCAGAUGAUGCCACUGCCCUCAUUGCCCGCACCACCUUCACUGGCUGCAGCGCAGGCUCCCCGACAACAACCGGAAUUGGCGGCGUGUUUUACGGCACUUCGGCCGACUCGGUCCUCACCGUCCGCGAUUGUGUCAUUUCGAACAGCAUUGCAUCCACUGCUGGCGUCAUGUCGUUUGGUGGAACGGUGGUUUUUGACAACAACACUGUCACAAACUCGCAGUCGUACCGGACUGCUGGCUGCUUUGCGCUCAGCGGUCAAUUUUCCAUUUCAAACUCCACAUUCCAAGGGGGCAGCAGUCAAUCGAGCGCGGGCUUUCUGAGCAUCACUGGUGCUGGCUACGGCACCGUCAGCAACUGCCUCAUUUCCAACUUUUCCUCCCUGUGGGCUGGAGGCGUCUUCAACCUCGAGUCGACCACCAGCACCAAUCCUCUCACCCUGGACAUUAGCAACACGUCCAUCAGCAACUGCUAUGGCAGCUCGGGCGGUGUGUUUGCGCUGAGCUACGACCGACAAGUCCGCUGCACACAAUGCACUCUGUCGGGCAAUUCGGCCGAAAGUGGCGGCGUUGUGCAAGCACUGGACAAUGCUAUUGUGACGUUUGUGAACUCGACGUUCUCUGACAACGCUGCCUUGUCAGGCGGCAUCUUUCACGGCUCCAAUUACGCAUACAUUGGCGUCUACUCGUCCGUUGUGACCAACGCGUCUGUCGUCGAUCAUGGCGGUGCCGUCCUCCUCACAUCCGACUCGACCUUUUACGCCGAGCAUUCCGUUUUCGACUCGUGCACUGCAGUAGAAAUUGGAGGCUUUGCUGCCGUGUCCGACCUCAGCAGCAUGACGCUGAUCAACUCUGUCGUUCGCAACUGCGUCAGCCGCGACUCUGGCGGUGCGAUUGCAGUCACCGCCGAAAGCAGCUUGACCAUCACUUCUUCAACGUUUGAAAACAACCGUGCCUUCGGCGAUGGCGGUGCCAUCCGGGCCACAGGCACGUCUACCAUUGUCAUUGCGAAUUCGACCUUCAACGACAUGGAUGCGCAGCGCGGCGGCGCCGUAUUCCUGGGUGGCUAUGCACAACUCACCGUUUCCGGCUCCACCUUCUCCAACAACACUGCAGCCUUGAUUGGCGGCGGAAUCGCCAUGCUGGAUUUGUCGGAAGCGCGCAUUUCGAAUUCUUCGUUCGAGUCCAACCUUGCAUCGCCUGUGGCCGACACUCCGGACGAUGUGACUGGGCUUUCGGUCUCCUCCUUCACCAACAGCGCGGCAGAUGCAACCGGUGGCGGUGCUGUGGCCUUGACACACAUUUCGUCGCUGACCUGCGACCAGUGCAUCUUUUUUGACAAUGCAGCCUAUGCCGGCUACGGUGGCAGCGUGCUUGUCUCGUCGUCCCUGUCCAGCAGCCGUGCCGUGUACAUUGCUGCAACAGACGCCGAAACGCACUCCAUUCCGACUUUCCUGUCUGCGAACAUUUCCUCGAGCAUCAUUUCGUUCAGCGCUGCGACGCUCGAUGGCGGCGGUAUCGCUGUGCGCGGAGGCCAUGUCACGCUGACAGACACGACAGUUUCGUACAACAAGGCUGGGCGGAAUGGUGGCGGCAUCAGCUACAUUGUCCGCGAGAACGAGCCGUCACAGCUGAGGCUGAUUGGCAGCGUUGUGCUGUUCAACAAUACCGCGUCGGGCUUUGGUGGCGGCGCGCAUUUUGACCAACUUGUCGCCUCGGCCACGACCGUCGAGAUUUCCGCCGAAGCCCAGCUGACGUCCAACCAGGCCUCCUCUGGUGGCGCGUUCUACCUUGCCUCCUUGGACGCGUUUGCGCCCAUUUGGCUGAGCGGCGAUGCAAACUCGCAGCUCGCAAACAAUACCGCGACCGUGUACGGCGCCGUCUCGGCCUCGCCUCCGGUGCUUGUUGUGCCCCAUGGUGCCGCGCUUCCCAGCACGCUCAACUUGCAACGAGGCGGCAUUCUGCCGACAGCUUCCUUUGCCCUGCUGGACACGUUCGAGUCUGUGGUGGCCAUCUCGGACGGUGUGGUUGAGUUUUCUCUCCAAGAUUCCCAUGGCAACCCUGUGCCCGUCUCUGUGGCCCAUAUCGGUGGCGUUUCCCGACGACCCAUCCUCGGCGGCAUUGCCUCCUUUAUGGAUGUGCCCGUGUUUGCGGUGCCCGGCAACUAUACCCUGGUUGCACGGUUUGUGCCGUCGUCGUCCUCCACCAUUGACCCAUCCUCCGUUGCUCCUGCAACCAGCAGCCUGCUCGUGCAAGAGUGCUCUGGCGACGACAUGAUGCUGUACAACUCCGCGGGCGAAGGCACGUGCUACGCGUCCUUUGAGCGAAGCGACGCUCUGCGCUAUGUGAUUCUCGCGAUUGCCGUGCUGGGCGCCCUGAGUUGCGUGCUGCUCUUGCUGUUUAUCGUUGCCAACCGCGAGGCGCCUCAGAUGAAGGCCUCCUCGCCUCGUUUCAUGUGCAUCAUCAUCGGUGGCUGCAUCAUUGCGUUUAUUCUCGUGGCGACACUCGUGCCGAAUGUCACCGACACAACUUGCACCGUCCAUAUCUGGUUUGGUCACAUUGCAUUCACCGUGACGUUCGGAGCGCUCUUCUUCAAGUCGUACCGGAUUGCCGUCAUCUUCAACAACCGCAAGCUCAAACGCCAACUGUCGCGCACAUCCGACAGAUUCCUGUUGACCAUGGUGUCCCUCAUUGUUGGCGGCAUGGUCACGUACCUCAUCAUCUGGACCGCGGUGGACCGGCCGGUGCGGGACUUCCACAUUGUCGGCAGCGAGGUCCGCGUGCUCUGCUCGUCCAGCUCAACUCUGUGGGUCGUGGCCGUGUACAUUGCCGAGGCGCUGUUGCUCGCGUUUGGUGCGAUUGUGGCCUUCAAGUCUCGUCGCGCCCCCUCCCGAUGGAACGAAUCCAAGUUCCUGGCCUUUGCCAUCUGGAACAUUUUCGUGGUGGUCGUGAUUGUCAUGCCGCUCAACUACCUGGUGGAUACCUCCAACCCGGAUACCCAGUUCCUGCUGACGUGCAUCGGCGUGCUUUUGGCUGCUUUCGGCACGCUUGGUCUGUGCAUUGUGCCAAAGGUGCACAGCGUCGUUUCCAAGGCCGAGGUCGCCGAGUCCUCUGCAGACCGCAAGCACGACUCGAGCUCGACUGCCGUCGAAAUGACGCAGGCCCGCUCCAAACUCCAAGUCUCCAAGCUCGAAGGCGAUCUGCAGCUGAACAAGGUCCAACUCGAAGAGUCGCUUCGCCUCAACGAGGCGCUCGAUCAGCGCAACAAGGAUUUGGAAGCCAGAGUGACCGGGUUGCUCAUGGAUCUUGCGCAAGCUCGUCGCUCUGCUGCCCUGGACAACACGCAAAGCUCGGCGGCUUUGAUUAGCAAGGAGUAAUCUGCUCGGCCGUGUGAAUCAAUCUUGUUUUGUUUGUUUUGUUUUUGUUUAAGUUUCUUGUUGGACGUUUUUUUCUGUUUUUGUUUCGUUCUAGUUUGUUGGUUGUUGUUUUAAUUGCUUUUCGCUUCUUCUUGCUGGAUGCUCUGCGAGCAGCUCACCACUUUGUUAUGUCAAAGUACAUAUUUUUGCGUGAACACAAAACGAGAAGACAAAAUCGGUCGUCCCACGCACAGUGCGCGAUAUGCUGGUAAAUCUCUCGUGAAGGAACUCGGCGCACAAGGGUUGUCAGAGAAGCAAGGGGCCAGUACUGCCAGGCAGCAAGUGACUGGGCAAGGAGCGACGACACUGUCUCCCAUUUUGGUUUUUGGUUUGGCUUGUUUGUUUCUUACCUGACGCACAAAGCAAGCCCUGGCGGUUGCGGUAUCAUCAGAGCACUAGUUCGUUUAGUACAAUAAAGACGCAAUUUUUC